UAUGGCUACUGUCCUAUACUCUUAUCCAUGCUUGCUGCCAAAUCACAUUGUCACCUUCAACCUCUGUGCCAAACACAAACACUGAUAAAUCCACACCCAAGAAAAUUUUGUAAUUUGGAUAAAAAGAAGGAAUUCAGCUUGAUUUGUUUGAUUAUAAGAUGAUAAUUUUGAGGUUGAAAAUGACACCUUUUUCAAAAUCCCAACACCCAAUUCGUCCUAAACCUUACCCACACCAUUUUCAUCCACACUAUCUUUCUCUCUCCUCUUGCUCCCACCACAAUCUUACCAGUCUUUCACUAAUUUCAACUUCACAAAAUAUGAAUUUCUGAAAAUUUACAAAAUACCUACAAAAGUUUGAAUCUUCCCUGAUUAUUUGAGCUGAUGAUCAGGCUGUAAGAAUCUGAAAUUUAAGGGAAAAAAUCGAACUUUUUUGAUGCUUUUUUGUGGGGUUUCUUUGGUUACGGGUAAUUCGAAAUGAACCACUCUCCAGCAGCAACAAACACUGCGCCUUCUUUCCAAUUUUGCCCUCAUGGGUACUUCAAAUUUUCCGAUUUUAGGCAUGUCCAGAAGCUGUUUGUUGGUUCGUAUGGGUUAGUGUUGCAGAGGAAGGAGCUUCAUCGCCUUAAAUUUGUGGUUUCUGCUGAGCUUCCUAGGCCUAUUACUCUCAAUUUCGGUUUGGAUUCACAGACGUAUCAGCCUCAUGAUGUUAAUCAACUGCGUUGGAUUGGUCCUGUUCCCGGAGAUAUUGCAGAGGUGGAGGCUUACUGCAGGAUAUUUAGGGCUGCAGAAGUUCUACAUACUACGCUGAUGAACAUGUUAUGUGACCCUCUCACUGGUGUUUGUACCGUGUCGUAUGAUUUCUCCUCAGAGGUGUUGGAAGAUAAAAUAGUAACGGUUCUUGGAUGGAUGAUAUCUCUUUUAAAUAAAGGAAGACAAGAUGUUCUUUCUGGCAGGUCAUCACUUAUGACAUCCUUUCGAGUUGAAGAAAUAAACACUAUGGAGGAUAAACUUCCGCCACUUGCAACUUUUAGGAGUGAAAUCAAGAGGUGUUGUGAAAGCUUGCAUGUUGCUCUGGAGAAUUAUUUGACACCUGGAGAUGAUAAAAACCUUGAUGUAUGGAGGAAACUCCAGCGCCUUAAAAAUGUGUGCUAUGAUUUGGGUUUCCAACGUGGGGAAGAGUCACCCAGUCAUAUGUUGUUUGCCAAUUGGGUUCCAGUAUCUAUGUCCACUAGUAAAGAAGAUAUAACGCCUACUGAUUCUGACGUGGCUUUCUGGAGAGGUGGUCAGGUGACUGAAGAAGGUUUACAGUGGCUAUUAGACAAAGGGUUUCGGACCAUUGUUGAUCUUAGAGCUGAGACUGUGAAUGACAAUUUCUAUCAAGUUGCAAUAGAUGAGGCUGUUGGCUCUGGGAAGGUUGAACUAAUUAAGUUGCCGGUUGAGAUUGGAACAUCACCUUCAAUGGAGCAGGUUGAGAAAAUUUCAUCUUUGGUAUCUGAUCCCAGCCGGAGACCCCUCUAUCUGCAUAGUAAAGAAGGUGUGUGGAGAACAUCUGCUGUGGUUUCAAGAUGGAGGCAAUAUGUGGCUCGCUAUGAGUCACAGCACGUUUCCAAUAGUCCCAUUCCAGUUGAUGGAACAUUAGUGCAAGGAAGAGAUGGAAUGUCUUCAACUGAUGCACCUUCAAGUGUAAAUAAGGAGAAACAGCUGAAGGAUGGAAAUGCUCUGCUUCCAAAUAUGUCAGAUUAUACAAGUAGCUUCAAUGGGGUGCUGCAUGGUCAAGAUUCUGUAAUUAUUGAAACAAAUGUUCAGCAAACCAAGGGGGGUCACAUCAUCCACAGUGGUGGUAUGUCAUUGACUGAAGUGAAUUCUAGUAUGUUAGAGUCCGGUACAGGCGCAAAUAUCAACCCAUUUAAGUCACAGCUUCCUCCCAACAAUGUCUUGUCUAGAAAAGAAAUGUCCAGAUUUUUUGGUAGCAGAAAGAUCUCCCCAUCCACUUUUGUCAAAACACAACGGAGGAGUUCAGUGUUGCUUCCUUCCCCCAGAGAAACAUACACUAGUAGCAUUGAGAAAAUGGAGCAAGUUAGAAUGGAGUCUGAGUCGGUGCUGACAGAACCUGAGAAUUCAAAUGGGUCAACUUGCAGCACAGAUUCCUCUUUGAGUGACUUAAAUAAAGCCACAGGCAAUGGUACGACUCUAGCUUACAGAGAUGCCUCUAGUGGCACAAUUGUUAAUGGAGACAGGCCUCUUGUUAUAAGGAAUGAUGUUGUAACUAGUGUGACGAAUAAAAAUUUGGCCAGGGACACAUCUGAUGCUAGUAAGUCUGAUCAGAUGAGUAAUGGUCAUUCUUCUGUUGUUCCAGGAGAAAAGGGUGUUGACGAGAACAUGUGUGCUUCGGCAACUGGUGUUGUUAGGAUACAGUCAAGAAAGAAAGCUGAAAUGUUCCUUGUACGCACUGAUGGAUUCUCUUGUACAAGAGAAAAGGUGACAGAAUCGUCACUUGCAUUUACUCACCCAAGUACACAGCAGCAGAUGCUUAUGUGGAAAUCUACACCAAAGACUGUUUUAUUACUGAAGAAGCUUGGACCAGAACUUAUGGAAGAGGCUAAAGAUGUUGCUUAUUUCUUGUAUUAUCAAGAAAAAAUGAAUGUUCUUGUUGAGCCAGAUGUGCAUGACAUAUUUGCAAGAAUACCUGGAUUUGGUUUUGUUCAAACAUUUUAUGGUCAAGAUACAAGCGAUCUUCAUGAAAAGGUUGAUUUUGUUGCAUGUCUCGGAGGAGACGGGGUGAUUCUUCAUGCAUCAAAUUUAUUUAGAGAUGCCGUGCCCCCAGUGGUGUCAUUUAACCUUGGAUCUCUUGGCUUUCUCACCUCCCACAGUUUUGAUGACUAUAAACAAGACCUUAGACAAGUUAUUCACGGAAAUAAUACUACAGAUGGUGUGUAUAUAACACUGAGAAUGCGACUUCGGUGUGAGGUUUUUCGGAAUGGCAAGGCAAUGCCUGGUAAAAUUUUUGAUGUGUUAAAUGAGGUCGUGGUUGAUCGUGGUUCAAAUCCUUACCUGUCGAAAAUUGAGUGUUAUGAGCAUGACCGACUUAUAACCAAGGUCCAAGGUGAUGGAAUCAUUGUGGCAACACCUACUGGAAGCACAGCGUAUUCAACAGCUGCAGGAGGUUCCAUGGUUCAUCCAAAUGUUCCCUGCAUGCUGUUUACCCCUAUCUGCCCACACUCGCUUUCAUUUAGGCCAGUGAUACUCCCAGAUUCUGCUAGACUGGAAUUGAAGGUUCCUGACGAUGCAAGAAGCAAUGCAUGGGUAUCCUUUGAUGGAAAAAGAAGGCAACAACUCUCUCGAGGAGACUCGGUUCGGAUAUCGAUGAGCCAACAUCCAAUCCCGACAGUUAACAAAGCAGAUCAGACCGGCGAUUGGUUCCACAGUUUAAUUCGUUGCCUAAACUGGAAUGAGAGGCUUGAUCAGAAGGCCCUUUGAAGCAGGCUCCAUGGUUUUGUGGUGACUUUACAGGUUCAUGUAAAUUGCUGUACAUAAUUUUGUUAAUUAUAUAGUCUGCAAAUAUCAUAAUUAUACGGUUUAACAAUACCAUUUAUUUCCUACUUUGGCUUCCAACGUAAAGUUACCGGUUGCCACGUCAUUUUUUUCUACACAAUUUUUUUGAAGUCACACUGUAUACUGUUUCAGUCCCAUACAUAUAUAAUAACAAACUCACUUAUUUUUCUCUAGCAUUAUAGAGAUCUUUCUUCU